AUGGGUCACGGCUACCACCACCACAAUCACGAAAAGAAGCCCCUGCAGUGGUUCGCAUCGCCGCUGGCCGAGGAUCACCAUAAGAAAGAGCAUCAGAGCCCACCGAUCACUCGCGAAAACACACAGGCAGUCCUCGAUAUCGGAACUCAGAGUGACGAUGUCGAUGACGGUCCUCCACUAAGCUAG